AUGGUUUUUAAAUUUUGCAUCAACACCUCUCGUCGUUUAUUAGCCGCUUUCAUCCUGAACGGAUGUCUAACAAUAAUAUUCAUCCUCGCAUUAUAUAAGCAUUAUGUCUCCUCAUAUCUGGAAUCAAGCAGUCCUUUCGAGAAAUUAGUGACAAUCAUAUCAUCUCCCAAAUCAUUCCUUCAGAAAAACAAAAAUGUCAAGAGAGAUCACGUACCAGAUUCCGUAAAGGAAAAGCCAGUAUUGGAAGAUUUGAAAUUACGCCCUUCCUUAGCUUACUAUUAUAAUCAGUACGGUAUCGAAAUUGAAGAAUUCAAAGUAGAGACUGCAGACGGUUUUAUUAUUGAUUUAUGGCACCUAAUUUCGAAGACUACACCUGUUGCAUUCCCACAUUCUUCCGAGAGACACCCUAUCUUGAUGAUCCAUGGCCUUUUACAAAGUAGUGGUUCUUUUGCAUCCAAUGGACAAAACUCAUUGGCUUAUUAUCUCUUCCAUCAAGGGUUUGAUGUCUGGUUAGGUAAUAAUAGAUGUGGAUUUGUUCCAAGUUGGAACCCAAAGAAAGUCAAUUCAAGGAAACAUUGGGAUUGGGACUUAAAUGAAAUGGUAAAAUUUGAUUUACCAAAACUAAUUGAUACUGUUUGUAAAAUUACUCAAAAUGAAAAAAUUUCCAUCAUGGCUCAUUCUCAAGGAACAACAGAAUUGUUUAUGGGUCUCUUAAGAGAGAAUGAAUUGAAUUUAAAUAUUACUUCAAAUAUUGAAAAUGUCGUUUGUUUGGCACCUGCUUUAUAUCCGGGUUCCUUGUUAGAAGAUUCACCCGUGUUAAGAUUAUUAUCAUUAGGGAUAGAUUCAAAAUCUCUGUUUGGAAAGAAAGUAUUUUUAAACGUCAUGAUGAUGGUAAGGAAAAUCUUCUUGGGGACCAGCUUUUUCUCAUUUAUUUGCUACACUUUUUUCUCGUAUCUUUUCGGCUGGAAUGACACCUUAUGGGAUGAAGGUUUAAGAAAUAGACAUUUCCUCUUCUCACCAGUUUUCGUUUCUGUAAAAUUGAUGCAAUGGUGGUUAAGUAAUGAUCCAAAUAAAGAAUCAUUCAUUAAGGAUUAUAAUCAAUUUUUCCCACAAUAUAAAAAAUGGUUUCAUAAACAUCAAAGAAAAAAUAUUCCAAAUUUCUUAUUAUUUGUGCCGGGCCAGGAUAAAUUGGUAGAUGGAAAAAAAGUAAUCAAGCAUUUCCAAGAUUUUGAAAUGGAUACAUCCUAUAAGAUUUGGUACAUUAAGGAAUAUUCUCAUGUGGAUGUUUUAUGGGCCAAUGACAUUAUUGAAAAAGUGGGAAAACCAAUUGUUAUGAAUUUAAGGUUACCAAACCGUCGUCCAACUACAGCAGAUAAAUUAAAUUAA